AUGGUAAGAGCGUCUUUGGCUAGACAAGAAGACACCAUGAUAUUUGCUUUGAUUGAAAGAGCCAAGUUUCCUUUGAAUUCCCUAACCUACUCUCGGCUUUUCCUUUCAGAGUGCUUCACCUUAAUCUGUAAAACAAACAAGGAAAUUUGGAAAAUGUACUUUCAUGAGCUGAUUCUAAUGUUCAUUAAUGUGGGUGAUGACGGCAAGUAUGCACAAACUGCUUUAGCCGAUCUUAGCAGCUUUGCAGGCGCAUGCCUCUACAUCCAGGUUGGAGGCCACCAGGGGUGUGCAUAGGCCACUUCCCCAACAUCAUCAUAACAUGGCACCUAUUUGAUCACGGAUCUGUCAGUGGAUGAGGGAAUUGAAAAUAAAGAAACGAAUGGCGUGCAGCACAGGGGAACAUGGAGAGAAGAGAGGAGAAUCCAUACAAUGUAGUUGGGCUCUACUGGACUGGGGCAUUGACAGAAGAGGAGGGCAAUUGUGAGAAAAACGGGGGAGAAAGUCUGAAAAAGGAGGAAGAAAAUAGAGGAGAAGGUCUAAAAAAGAGGGUGAAGCAAAAAGAAAAGGGGACCGGCGAGGAGGAAUUUGAAGAGCUACGAAAAAGAGAGGGGAAGAGAGAAUAAAGUCUGGAAGAACGAAAGGGGGAGAUCUGGACUGAAAAAGAAAACGAAAAAGAAACAAUGGCAACAAUAGGUGAAGGUUUAUGAUGUACAAUUGCUUUCUCCCUUCACACACACACUUCAUGCAUAUCAUGAGUGAGGCCCUAUACCCGGGUCUGAGCGCAACUUAGAAAUAGAGGGGUUGUGUAGCGGUGUCAUUUGGGACAUACUUCCUGUUUGGCUAUCGUGAGAACCCCAGCUAGAGUCUGUUCUCUUCAUUUGUGUCUCCACAUCUAGUUGAUUACUAUGACUGUUGUGGAGAAACAGAGAAAAGAGCCAUAGCUCUGGUGGCCUUGAUUUAAGCAUUAGGGAACUAUCCUUGUGAAUGCAUAUAUUUGGCCUUAGAACUUUAGUCAUCCAACCUUUGAUGAGGCACAAAAGGGAGAUUUUUUGUUUGUCAUUCUUUCUUAAGUGUCUUAUUUCUUUUGAUAAAAAAAAAUAUAAAACAAAAAAAAAGUAAAAAAAAUAUGGAAAAGAAUAAAUGAAUUUUCAAUUCAUAAUUCUUGAAAUCAUUCUAAAAAAAAUAACAAAAAUUUUUUACACUUUUUUAAUUUUUGGGGCAACACCUCUCUCGCUUGUGUAUGGGAUGGAAGCAGUAUUUCCAUUUGGGUUUCAAUUAGAGGAAGCGGAGUGGGUUUAAGCCCGAUUAAAUUAACUUGAUUUCAUUAAAAAAAAA